UAGUGAAACUGUUCCUCAUGGGUAUAGCAUUGCUGAGCCCCUCCUCUCAGGCUUUUAAUAGUGAGCUGGUGAAGUGCUUUGAUGACCCCCAAUAUGAAGACCUGCUCAGACUAUUGAGGGUUGGCCUGGGAGCACCCACUGAGAAGAAGAAUGUGGUAGUGAUUGGAGCUGGCAUGGCUGGGCUUACUGCUGCCAAAGCCCUACAGGAUGCUGGUCACCAGGUUACUGUGCUAGAAGCCUCUGGGCGAGUAGGUGGGAGAAUUGAGACUCAUCGGGUGCCUGGAGCAGAGUGGUAUGCUGAACUUGGUGCCAUGCGGAUCCCUGCCAACCACAGGUUUACUCGUGAACUCAUCAGUCAAUUUGGAUUGAAGCUGAAUGAGUUCUCCAGAUAUGAUGACCGAACGUGGGUCCUCAUCAAUGGAGUGCGUCGACGGACUGGGGAGAUACAAGCCAAUCCUGGCCUCCUUGGCUACCCUGUCCGGUCAGAUGAAAAGGGGAAAACAGCUGACAAAUUAUUUGAUGAAUCCUUGAGGAAGGUGGUGGAAGAGUUGAAAAAGAACAACUGCAGCCAAAUACUAGAAAAAUACGAUUCUUUCUCCACUAAGGAAUAUCUGAUUAAGGUGGGAAAUCUGAGUCGGGGUGCAGUGCAGAUGAUUGGAGAUCUCAUGAACGCUGAUGCUGGUUACUAUGAAGCCUUCACUGAGACCUUAAGAGGAGUUAUUUUCUUCUUCCAAAAUCCUAGGUUUGAGGAAAUUACUGGUGGCUUUGACCAGCUCCCAAAGGCCUUACAUGACUCCCUCAUCCCUGGCACUGUCCGCCUCUACUCACAAGCAGAGCAGGUAAUAAGGGAUGGAAACCAUGUCCAUAUUGUCCAUCAGACACCUGACCCACUUCGGCCUCACGCCCGCCUGACUGCCAACUAUGCCAUUGUGGCGACAACAGCUAAGGCUGCCCGGCUCCUCCACUUCCACCCACCUCUAUCUCCAGGCAAAGAUGAUGCCCUGCGCUCAAUCCACUACAACAGUGCCACCAAGGUGAUCCUGGCCUGCACCAAGCGCUUCUGGGAACAGGAUGGCAUUUAUGGUGGGAAAUCCACAACAGACCGUCCCUCUCGAUUUAUCUACUACCCCAAUCAUGACUUUCCCAAUGGAACUGGUGUCAUCUUGGCCUCCUACACCCUGGAUGAUGACUCUACCUUCUUUGCUGCCAUGGAUCAAAAACAGGUAGUAGAUGUAGUGUUAGAGGAUUUGGCUGCUAUCCAUAAUCGCCCCAAGGAAGAGCUUCAAGCCUUUUGUCCCUACUCUGUGGUCAAGCGUUGGAGCCAAGAUCCCUACUCCAUGGGCUGCUUUGCCUUCUUUACUCCCUACCAAUAUGUAGACUAUUCCCAGGAGCUCUUCAAGCCUGAAGGGAGGAUAUACUUUGCAGGAGAGCACACCACCCUUCCUCAUGGUUGGAUUGACACGGCCAUUAAAUCUGGACUCCGGGCAGCCCAGAGUAUUCAAGAAGCUGUGGGAUUAUUGAAACAGGACAAGGAAGCCAGGAAGGAGACUAUGCCUAAGAGUGAGUUGUAA